AUGGUCGCCACUACUCCUGGGGCAGACAGACAUCACCUUUGCCGGAAUGCCGCCACUUCCCGACACGAGGAAAGCGAAUAUGUAGAUGAGACUACAGCUCUGCUGGCCUCCGGCACCGCUACACAUGGUGAUGUACGCAAAACGGACCCUCCAAACGGCUCGACAGUGCCAAGCAGCGAUGGAGACGGCUCAGACAGUGAUGAUGAGGAAAAGCCCCUGCCCAAGGUCCAGGUCCUGCUCCUCUGCUACGCCCGGGUGAUUGAGCCUCUGGCCUUCUUCUCCAUCUUCCCUUAUGUCAACCAAAUGAUCCAGGACAACGGGAGUGUUGCGGACUCGGAUGUAGGCUUCUAUAGUGGAUUGAUUGAAUCAUUAUUCUCUCUGACGCAGGCUAUCGUCAUGAUCUUCUGGGGUCGAGCAGCCGAUCGUUUGGGGCGCAAGCCGGUCUUGGUCUUCUCACUUUUCGGCGUGACCUUUGCGACGGGUCUCUUUGGCAUGGCAAAGACUAUUCCGCAGAUGAUCUUGUUAAGAUGCCUUGCUGGUAUCUUUGCUGGGUCCAUCGUCACUAUUCGCACUAUGGUGGCCGAGCACAGCACGGCCAAGACCCAGGCGAGAGCAUUCAGUUGGUUCGCCUUCAGCGGAAACGUUGGUAUCUUCCUCGGUCCCCUUCUAGGCGGUGCCCUUGCCGAUCCGGCGAGCCAGUACCCAGGUGCCUUUGGAGGCGUCCAUUUCUUCAAGGACUAUCCCUACGCGCUGUCCAGUCUGGUGGUAGCGCUGGUUGGAGCCACCGCAGCUGUAUCUACCGCUUUGUUUGUUCAAGAGACGUUGAAGAAGGAGCCGGCCGAGGAUGGCGAAGAAGCAGGAUCUGACGCGGCAGCCCAGCGCGGCAAUCUCACGACAUGGGAACUUUCGAAAUCCCCCGGGGUGGCCAUAGUUCUCUACAUAUACGCGCACAUCAUGAUGCUCGCCUUUGCCUAUACGGCCAUUGUUCCUGUCUGGUGGUUCACGCCUGUGCGCCUCGGAGGAUGCGGUUUCACGCCUCUGCAAAUCUCCCUGAUGAUGGGUCUGAACGGCGCCGCGCAAGCUGCCUGGCUUCUCCUUGUCUUCCCAGUAUUACAGCGAAGAAUCGGAACGAAGGGGGUGAUACGCAUCUGUGCCCUUGCUUAUCCGUUUUUCUUCCUGUGCUGCCCCCUUUCCAGUUCCCUCCUGCGGAUAGGGACGGAUACAUCCGUCAAAGCUUUCUGGGUCUUCGCGCCGACGACGCUGGCUAUCGGUUGUGGAGUUAGCAUGAGUUUCACGGCAAUCCAGCUGGCCAUUAACGACAUUUCACCCUCGCCGAGGUUCCUGGGCACGCUCAAUGCUCUGGCCUUGACCAGCAUCAGCGUUUUGAGGGCUUUCUGUCCAGCUCUCUUCACCACUCUCUUUGCGAUUGGAGCGAGAACUCAGCUAUUGGGAGGUUAUGCCAUCUGGGUACUCCUGGUCGUGCUUGCUUCUGGUUUAUCCGUUACGGCGAGAUACCUACCGGAACCGCAGGAGGUCCGCAAGCGUCGAAAUGACCGAGAGAGAUGA